GUCUAAAAAGUAUGAACCUAUGUCAUCUGUAGGAAGAAAUGAUGAAAAGUUUGCAGAGCAGAAUGAUCAGCAGCAGCACCUAUACUUAAAGGAAUCGAAAAUAAAUGGCAGUACACAUCCUAACAGUCAAAAUUCUGAUUCACCAAGGAAAAAUUUAACAAAUAUGGAAUACUUAGAACAUGCAGGCAAUCCAGCUAUAAAUAUCUCUAACAGAAACACUGACUCAUCAUUUAAUGUAAAUUAUAUGAGAAUGGAUCCAAGGUAUCAGAAUAAUCAUUCAGAAAAUAAUCGUCAAAGGUUUGCAGAUCAGAAAUAUCCCAGCUUUGAUGAAAGGCAAUAUUACUCAGAUCGAGAAAGAUCCAGACCACCCAGCACAACAUCAAUAGGAGAAAAGCCAGAAGAUUAUUAUUAUGGUAAUGGCAUGAACCGAAGAGGAGGUCAACCUGAGAAUGCUCGUCCUUCUUCCAGGAUGAGUGAGUCGGACCUCAGUCGUGGUGAUCGAAAUGGCCAGUAUGGUUAUACCCGACAGCAGUAUCCCUAUGCAUAUCCUCCUGGGUAUUCUCGAAAUGCAGAAUAUUACCAACGGCAUCCAAAUUACAGAGGUUAUGAAUGUGAUCCAUAUCAAAGGUAUUCUUAUUACGCGCCAUACUACGAUGCAUAUGGAUAUGAUUAUAGCAAUUAUAACUAUGGUUUUUAUGACGAACUCUACAGAAAUGAUCCAAGGUAUAGGCAAUAUCGAGAAGCUCAAGAACAGCAUCGACAGUAUUAUGCAAAAUAUGGAUACGAAACCGAUUAUGAUCGAUCUAGUAUACGUUCUGGUCGCAGCUCAGCCAACGAACUGUCUAAAGAUAUGUCAUCUAGUCAGUAUCCUGAACCAGACAUUGACUCAAAUGAAUCAGAAUUUUCUACUUACAAUCUACAACAGAAUUAUUCGUAUGAUGAUGUUCGUGCUGAAGUUUCAGCAGAAGUACCUGAUCAUAAAUCUACACCUUCAGCUCGCUUGACUCCUGUGAAGUAUUCAUAUGCUCAUCCCAUAGCUCGAUUUUCCCCAGGUGGAAUGUUAAUAACUGUUAUGCCUAAUCCCCUGAGUACUGCUUUAGCCACACCAGUAACAAUACACAGUUUACAGGUAAUUAUGGAAAAUGAAGAAUCUUUCCAAGAAUUAAAGAAUUACCAAGGUCCUCUUGUUCGUGGAUUGACACAUAAAAAUGAUGUGAUUGAAUUUUGCUCUCAGAAGAUCAAAUCUUUAAGACAGAAAGAAGAUAUUGUUGAUAGAGACUCCUAUAUAUUAUUGUGGGAAUUAAUGAUUGUUCUGCUGAGGCAAAAUGGAUCUGUUGCAGGUAGUGAUAUUGCAGAAUUGUUAUUAAAAGACCAUGAAGUUUUGAGGCCACACACAGUGCCAUUGAGACAUGCUAUUGAGACACCUCAAGGAGAGCAGUCUCCUGCUGAUGUAAAUGAUUCAUCUAGCCAGUCUCAUGCAGGAGACACUUCAUCACCUGAUGAAGGCAUUGUUGUGCUUCAUGAUAAAAGCAGUCUUAACACAUCACACACGGUGGAUGUAGAUAAAGUGACUCGUAAAUUUCGAGAGUUUCUAUUGUUUGGUCAUAAGAAGGAUGCUUUAGAAUGGGCCAUGAAGCAUGGUUUGUGGGGUCAUGCCUUAUUUUUAGCAUCGAAAAUGGAUUUAAGAACCUAUGCUAAUGUGAUGACUAGGUUUGCCAAUUCUCUUGCCUUAAAUGAUCCACUUCAAACUUUGUACCAGUUAAUGUCUGGUAGACAGCCAUCUGCUGUAACAUGUGUAGCUGAUAAAAAAUGGGGAGACUGGAGACCUCAUUUGGCUAUGAUUUUAUCUAAUCCAUCUACUCAUCCAGAUGUUGAUUCGCGUAGCAUUACAACACUUGGAGACACACUGGCCAGCAGAGGCUGUCUUCCAGCUGCUCAUUUUUGUUAUAUCAUGGCACAGGUUGAAUUUGGCACAUUUGAACAGAAAAACAGUAAAGUUGUGCUUCUAACUGCAGACCAUACGUUAUCCUUUGAUGAAUUUGCCACAAAUGAAGCAAUUCAUUGCACAGAAAUUUAUGAAUAUGCCCAGAGUUUAGCUAACCCUGGUUAUAUGUUAACUCAUUUGCAGCUUUACAAAUUCCUAUAUGCUAUGCGUCUUGUUGAACAUGGAUUUUUAGAAGAGGCUCUCCACUACUGUGAAGUUAUUGCUGGGAAUUUACAAGUUCAUCCUAAUUUAUUUUCUUUAGAUUUCAUAUCUGAAGUUUUUAAGUUAGCAACUCAGUUGAAGUACCAUGAUCCACACUUCCUGCGAGGUCAGGGAGAAUUUGAAGAGCAAGAUGAUCCUGAAUGGCUAAAAAACUUAUCUGCUUUAGUACAGAAUUAUAGUAAUAUUCUGCAAGGAGAAAAUUCUAAUUUAUAUUAUGAACAGCAACUUGAGUCUUCCCAAAAUAUGAAUUCUGGUUCUGAAACCAAUCCUCCAGCAGAAAGUUCAUCUUAUCAAAGUGUAUCAAGCACAGUAAUGCAAAAUGAAAUUAACAAUUCGUAUAACUAUUAUCAACCUAACAGCUGGAACAACAUGUUCCAAAAUUCAGCUGUGUUAUCAAAUAAUCAGCAAGACAAUCAAUCUGUGAAUGCAUACUAUCAACCAGAAAUGAUGAAAAAGUUUAACACAGAGAGUAGCAUUCCAAGCCAUGAAGAAAACGAAACAACAGAUGUGCCGUCCUCUCCUGUAACUCAGACUCCACCAUUUGAUUACUAUUCUGGUGGAACUCAGCAGAUGAUGGAAAAUAAGCAAUCAAGUUAUGAGGCAGUGAACAGUUAUAACAGUAGUUCAACACCCAGAGAAAGAAGGGACAGUGCCAUGAGUACAGCCAGUCGGUACAGUUCUGGUAGUUUAUCUGUCUCUAAUAAAAAUAGGGAGAGUCAGAAACCAGAACCAAAGAAAGAAAAACCAAGUAACCAGGCAGGAAAAACUUGGUUAGGGGGCAUAUUUAGUCGCCUUUUACCAAAAGCUCCCAAUCAGAUGAUAUUGCCUGAUGAUAAAAACCCUACAAUUGUGUGGGAUGAUGUGAAGAACUGCUGGGUUAAUAAAGAUAGUAAUGAUGAUGAUGAAUGUAACACUCCUGUGGCACCACCCACAGAUAUGGAAUUAUCAAGAACUAAGCCUUCUGAGAAAACAUAUACUACUACUCCUGGUAAUUCAAUGUCUGGUCCUCCAACUGUAAAUAAAUUCCAAAGACCAAAAACUAGAGUAAUGAGACAAAACUAUGUGGAUAUCUUGAAUUCAAGUGGCUCUACAGUGAAGACUAGUGUGGCCCCAGAAGCUCUUUUUCCCACUGCUUAUGACCAUACUACUUCUCCAAAAAUGUUUAUUCCCCAGUCAGUGCCAUCAGUUGCUGAAGCUUCUACAGAUUUUGAAAGUCAAGAAUCAUUUAAUACCUCACAGUUAGACACAGAAGAAAAGUCUCAACCGCAUACUGCCCCUCUAAUGUUCGACCCUGCAGAAUUUGAUUCAAGAAGUUCAAGCAUGGGAAGCCAGAAACACAUGCUAGGACGUAACAGUCGCAGAACGUAUCCUACAUGAGAAAAGAACUUUAUACUGAGAUAGUCUAAGAAAGAAUGAAAUUCAGUCCUCGUAUCUGACAUCUCAAUAAAUUUGUGAUAGUUUACAAAAAUUAUAGGAAUUUAAUUAUAUUAAAUUUUAUUUUUUAAAUAAGUGUAUGUACAUACAUAUAUAUAUAUUUAUGCAAAUGUCCUAAGUUAAGGAGUUCCGCCGUGUGCUGUUGCUAUUUUUCAAAAAUUCGUUAAUUUUUUGGAUAUCAGAUGUUGCUGGAAAAAUUUCAGUUUGAUUGGAAGGCCAUUUAUUCCUUGAAAUAAAAAAACGAGUGCCUUUUUUAAAAUGUCAAAUUUUUCUAUUGUUAAUUUUUUAAAUUUUGGUACUAUUAGCUUUUAAAAUAUCAAUCAAAAUUCACAAAUCUUUUAAUAAUGUUGCUAUCAAAUAGUUUUGAAAUGUUAGGAAGUAUUAUAUUUUGUGUAAUCAAUCAGAACUCCUUAACUGCUCUGCACCAAAUAUUGGUGUGUGGGGGGAGGAAAUAUUCAUUGAAAUGUUUUAGCAUUUAUUUUCCUUGUUUGGAAUGUUUAUUCUGAAUUAUUAAGUGUGAAUGAAAUUAUUUUCUAGAACAAUGAAUAAUUGAAUGUAGUUUUGGAUUUUAUUUUGGUUCAUAUUAUUUAUCUUAACCAUGCAUUGUACAGUGUAGAUGUUAUCUUUUUUCAUUCCGAAAUUGUACAUGCAUUUUGUUUUGCAUGUGCUGUAUGUAAAAAAUAUUAGUCUUUAAUGUUUAGGUCCAUGUGGUAUGUACAGGUGGUGAAUGGAGAGAGAGAGAUAAUAAAAGAAAAAUAUUUCAUACUU